UAUCUAUCGCCGCUUAGGUAUCUAUCCGUCGUCUGUGCGCAAUAUUCCCUCCAAAUAUGCUCUAAGUCGGGUAUUCAAAAAGUGGCAAUUUUUUUACAUCGAUCUCGAUAAUGGCGUGAGUAACUUAAAUUCUUCAAUACUUAAGUGCUGCAUGAUAACCUGUGCAGAAGCCACCAUCGUAGUUCAGGAACCGUUCGAUUAUGGACAGAUAGCUGAUAAUACGUUGUGCAAACCAACAUGCCGGGCCCGAGAAGGUUUAGUAGUGGUGGAGUUGGCGGAGGAGGCCAAGCGUGGGAAAUGGGUGAACGACGAUAUUCUGUAGCUGGUACAGACCCUCAUUUAAGCCAUCAUGCGGUCACGUCAAUGGGACCACCAGCAUCUGAAGAUCUUCACGCUUGGAGUAUUUACAGGCAAAAUUUAAAUUCUGAUUUCACGGACUCUGCUCUUGGGUCGAGUGAGAAGUCCCCCCUACCAUAUGGUAACUUUCAGUUGCGUGAAUCUACUGUGCAAUCCAUACUCAGCCAUCCACGAUACGGUCCAAAAUACGAUGUACACAAAUCGCCACUGAGUUCGAAUAUGUACACGUACCUCAAAUUUGGCUUACCCAGAGUAUUUCCGCCCAAUAGUCGCAGGGAUGGAUCCAGUGGUUAUGACUCGAGUGAGGAUGGAGCAGCUAUACGUAGCCAAAGACCCUAUACGAGAACUAGAAGUGAUCCGGAUUUUUGCAAUCACGCAAUUUACCACGGCGGGCCUACUUUACAAAGACAUCAUCCGGGUCGCCGAGGUAAAAGUAUAAGUGAAGCUAAUUUACUGGCACCUCAUGGAUAUCCUAUUCGACAAGAGCUUCCAACGAUGCAGCGGAGAAGCGUACAUGACUUGCGAGCACUAUCCGAAGUUAAUCAUCAUCACCAUCAUUACACUAAUCCAGCACAUCAUUAUAGUUCUCACCAUUUAACAAGUGGUCGGCCGGCUUCCAUAGCUGUUGUUGGUACAACAGCUACUACGCCUAGAGAUAGAAGUAUUAGUAUGAUGAGCAAUUUAAGUCCGAAUCGGUCAGAUAUUUACGGACAACCUGCCAUUGUCUAUCCAUAUCUUCAGCACCCAUGUCAAGUACAGCAUAUAUUGCUUAAUGGCCAAAAUAUUUCUAUUUCUUCAUUUUCUAAACAUAUUGCUUAUAUUCCCGCUGAAGCUAAAUUAGCUCCUAAUUUAAGUGUAGCACAGACUUUAGCGUUUUAUUCUCAUUUACGGAAAGCUCCAAUUCGUGCCAUACCAAAAGUAUCUCAAAACGAUCAAAUGGGAGUACUUAUUGAAGAGUUGGGUCUAGGACAAGUUUUAAAUACUAAUGUUUCUGAACUAACUGCCUCCGAAGCUCAAAGAUUAAGCGUAGCAUGCCAUUUAAUGUCUGAUGCAGAAAUUAUAAUGCUUGAUAGGCCAACAGUGACAAUGGAUAUAUUCGACACGUUCUUUCUUGUCGAAUUUCUUAGACAAUGGGCAGCUGGUGCCCCAACUGGCGUGAAACCUCGUAUCGUAAUGGUGACUCUGCAGCCACCUACUUAUGAAAUAUUUACUAUGGUUUCAAGAGUUGCAUUAAUAUCUGUUGGCCAUUUAAUGUAUUCUGGUAGGCGCAGAAAUAUGUUGCCAUAUUUUUCAUCGGCUGAUUAUCCGUGCCCAGCUUUCAAAAAUCCUUCAGAUUAUUAUCUUGACUUGGUCACGCUCGAUGAUUUAUCGGCAGAGGCCAUGUUAGAGUCGAGUCAAAGGGUAGAACAGCUUGCGGAUUUAUUUAGAAGAAGAGUUGAACCUUUACCAGACCCUGGACCACCAAAACCUUUGCCAGGAAAACCGCGAACUGCCAUUGUACCAAUACAAAUUGUUGCCAUAAUAUUACGUCACAUGGCGUAUUCGCAGCCCAGGAGUAGUUUACGAUGGAUUUCUAGAUUUUUCAUUGCAGGUAUAUUGUCUAUAAUUGUUGGUACAAUAUUUUCGGACAUUCCAGCUACAGAUCCUCAACUUUCAUUUGGUGAUAGAAUGGGGUUCUAUUACAGCAUUAUGAUAGUCGGAGCACUACCGCUCAUUCUUCACAUUGCAUUAAAUGAUACACAUGGAAAUGAUCGUGAUUCUAUAGAAAGUGAUAUUGCUGAUAAUUUAUACAGUCGAUUUGUGUACAUCGUAACGUCAAUUUUAUGCAGUAUCCCUCCCUCUGCUUUAAUCUGGAUAGUAUAUUCUGUGCCGGCAUAUGCCAUGACUGCUCUUUACCAUGAUAAUAAUUUACACAACUCGGAACCAUUUUUUACAUACCUAUUGAAUGUUGCGAUUCAUAUGAGUUCUUUGCAGUUAAUGGCAACAGCGAUAGGGUACCUGAUGCCCGACCGUCUCAGUUCAUCGGUGCUGACAACCAUCACUGUUCUUGUGUCCGGCGUAGUUAGUGGUAUACCACUCAAUUUUGCCGAUCUUAAGAAAAUACCCGGUGUUCGAUUUCUUUCGACUUUGUCACCGACUAGGUAUUUUAUGCUGCCAUUACUAAGAAAAGACCAUAGUCAUGAUAUGCUAUCUUCACUUGCGUCUACCCUUGUGUGUCGUAACAAACAGAUCCAACAUCAAGACAUAAUAGUGCAAUUACCAUGUCCUAUCCCGAAUGGUACUGCAGCCCUAAUUCACCAUGGCCUAUUGACACCGGCGGUGGAGCCAUACGUGUUAUUCACGAAUAAAGACUCUUUAUCGGCUGGCCUCUAUGUAUGGGGAUUUUUCGCUUUAAUCGUUAUAAUUGUCUUCAUAAGUAUAAGUAGGUUUUGUAACAGGUUUCACAAAGUUUCUCGUCCACAAAGAUAACUGAAGAUGUUAUUAUAAUAUGUUUAUCAUUUAUGUUUAUUUACAAAAAGUUAGACAUUAAUCGAAAAGCUAAGCUAGUUUGAAAGUACGAGGUAUUUUUUUACUAUAGUUUUGUUAAUAUCUAUAAUAUAUUUUUAGUCAUUGUUAAAAUAUGUAAGUAUUUAAAUAUUUUAUAAAAUUCAUAAACGUAUGUGAUAUGAAUGUUAUACGGAAAACAAGUAGUCAUUAUAUAUACCUAUGUGGCUAUAUAUCUAGAUUAUUCUUGUGUCAAGUCAAGCAUUAGUUCAAAUAAUAAUGUACAACGAAUAGCUAAAUUAUUUACUGUAUGUAGAAUAUGUUUAUAAUAUAAUAUAUAAUAUACCUAGGUAUUUAGUAAAUUACCUAGGUCAAACCCUAUUAAUUAUAGAAUUAUUAUGAUUCAUAUAAAUCGACAAUCGCUCAAUUUUCUUUGAUUUUAUGAACAGAAUCAACAUAUAAACUAUUAGUAAAUCUAUGUAAUUUUAAAUACAAAUAAUGUAUUUGUGUAUAAACGAUUGUAUUUUUGU